AGGUCAAUCCAAGAUGGCGGCCUCUGUGUUUCUAGCUGCAGUGCGUGACUCCGGGCGCUCCCUCCGAUGGAGCUACGGGCUACGGCAGCUGAGCCAAGCUCAGGGCCCUCCUGAUAACCCCAGCUUUCUGGAAUCUGUGGAUGAAUACCAGUUUGUGGAGCGCCUGUUCCCACCUACCAAAAUCCCAGCGCCACCAAAGCAUACACAUUAUCCCACUCCUAGUGGCUGGCAGCCUCCCAGAGAUCCGCCUCCUAGCUUGCCCUACUUUGUUCGGCGAUCCCGGAUGCAUAAUAUCCCUGUCUACAAGGACAUCACACAUGGCAACCGACAGAUGACUGUGAUCCGUAAGGUGGAAGGGGACAUCUGGGCUCUACAGAAGGAUGUGGAAGAAUUUCUGACCCCCCAGCUGGGAAAGACACCUGUCACCCAGGUUAAUGAGGUGACAGGUACUCUUCGAGUCAAGGGCUACUUUGAUGAGCAGCUUAAAGCCUGGCUUCUUGAGAAAGGCUUCUGAGGCCUGAUGAUCAGCCUGUGUUACAUUUCUUAGGUUAGCUAUUCUGGAAACAACCACUGAACCAUGUUCUGAGGCCUUCACAGGACAGACCCCUCAGGGACAUCCAUCUUUGGCCUUCAGGAGCUUUUGCUAUACUGGGCUUGGUGGCAGAUAUGGAAAACAAUACAACACAGGACAUGGACUGGAAUGGAUAAAACAGACAAAAGUAUAUCUUAGUUUCUAAGUACUGUUAUAGGUAGUGUUGAGGACAUCAGCCUGUUAUGCGGAAUCAGCUACAUAGAGGUUUGAAGGCAGAAAAUGAAGGCCUUUCUCUCUUGCUGUCCCAUCCCAUAUCAGUCACUUGUCCAGCCCCACCAUUAAAUUGAUUAAGCGGUGUUCAGAUCCUGGCUACCCUGCUUGACUUUAGACCUAAGGUAGGCAAGAUACCAACCUCCCAGUGCUCAGGUUUUCCAUGUGUAAGAUGAAUGUAUGCCUAGUGGUUGAAUGGUCUCGGCAUCCUCAUUCUAGGAGACCACAGGCCUUUCAUAAGUCUACAGGCUGGGCAAAGAAAAGGAGCCCAUCCUAAGUUAUAAGCCUCACUGGUCAUUAAUGCAAGUUUUUAUUUGGCUGUAUAUACAAUGUAAGCUAUUAAAAUUUGUACAAUAUUUACAAAUUAAAUAAUCAUCUGAAA